AUGCCUGCCACAGAGCUCACAGACACUUCGGCAAUCGAAGAAGCCAUUGCAUCCAUCGACCCUGACAAGCCUGUCUAUAUGCUUAAUCUUCUCAAGUUUCGGCCCGUUGCAGUCUACGACCCUUCUACUUCGGCCGAAAUCCUCUCUCUCCCUUCCUGCAGCGGCCAAGAGGCAUGGCAACAACGCUAUGUGCCUGCCUUUUUUGCGCUUCCGACGAUGAAUAGCAGUCGAGUUCCAUUUGCAGGCAAAAUGGUUGGCAAGGUGUUAGGGCUAGAGGAGGACCAGUGGGAUGAGGUGGACCUGGUGAAAUACGAGAGCAUCAAGGUGUUCAGAGACACAAUCAUGAGCGAGGAGUAUGCGCGAUUGGUAGUUCCGCACCGAGUUGCUGCCCUUGCUGAUGCGCGAUUGUUCGCUUUGGAGUUUAUGGGUUCUAUUUAA